AGUAUAAUCGUAAACCUCGCGAUGUUCAGUGAGUCUUGACGUUGUGAACAAUGUUGCGAUCGGUUUACCCGAUUUUCUGUUUAGUAUUAGUGGUAGCCGAACCGAACUCAACAACCUCUAAGCAUGGAUUUAUCAGGACCAAGAGACAAGGCAGCCCAGAUGAGAGGAGCUGUCUUCUCCCACAGCCAAUGGUCAAUGGCAGAUACUCGCCCAAUAUCAAGAGAUGUCCUCCCCACGUCUCCAACGCCGCUUGCAAGAUAGUCCCCGGGACCCCAGUACCCUCGGGGUGGGAUCUCUACUACGGAUGCGAUGAUGGGUUCGUCCUCAACUCUACUGAUACUGUGUCCUUCUGUACGGAUGGGAACUGGUCUCCGUCCCUGCCAGAGUGUAUAGCUGGAUUGCCUUGUUUACCAUUGAAGUCUCAGUACCUCAACAUCAAGUGUUCGUUCCAAGACAAGGUAGUGUCUUGUGACCAGUCUAUGAAGCCAGGAACGAUAGCGUCACCAGAGUGCAAGAGCAACUACAAGCCUGCCUACCAGGUACCAUACUCUUACAUUACCUGCCUCAACGCUGGAUAUUGGGACUACCCUUUGUUCUACUGCACUCCAGAAAAGCUAUGCCCCCCACUGAAGGCGCCGAACAAUAUUAAGGUUCAGUACAUCUAUCAAGACAAAGUCGUCAGAGACGAUCAGUUGAAGCCCGGUACCAUCGCAAUCCCCAGAUGCAAACACAACUACAGACCUGCUUACGACCCGGGGUACACCAACUUGACUUGUCUAAACAGUGGCUCAUGGGACCAACAGCUGUUCUAUUGCACUGCAGUGUGUGGUGCGUCGAACGAGGUCGGCCAACUGACUCCGCUGAUCGUGGAUGGAGUGCAGGCCAAUGUCGGUGCGUUCCCUUGGCACGCAGGUCUCUAUUAUCGUGAUGUAGACGAAGGGAGAGAGAUAUGGGACCAACGAUGUGGUGGUAGUUUGAUAAACGACCAGUUUGUGUUAACAGCGGCUCAUUGCGUGGCAAGCAUUCAAAAUAUGGCCGAUCUACGAGUGGCUUUGGGCAAAUAUUUCAGGUCAUGGGAUAUCCAUGAGCACACUGAAGAAAAACGCAAUGUUUCUAUGAUAUUAUUUCCUCGAGAAUUCAGCAAGAAAAUUUUUAUUUUCGACAUUGCGCUUUUGAUGCUGGAUGUGAAAAUUAAACCAGGAGAAUUCAUUAUGCCAGUCUGUCAUGGAUUUUUAGAUGGUUCAAACUACAUAAAAGACAAGAAUUUGUUUGUUGUAGGUUGGGGAAAGAAGGAGAACAAGAUGAGUAGUGAAACCCUUCUGUACAACGAUGUUACUCCGGUCCCGUCUUACGAGUGCAAUCAGCGAGCUCCUUCUGUUUUCCCAAUGUUCGACAAGUUCUGUGCUAUCAAAAACAGUUCAGAGUUCUCAAUUAAUCAACCAGGCGAUAGUGGUGGGGGAGUUACGGCUGUCUACGAAGGACUUCACUAUCUCUUUGGCUUGGUCAGCUUAAAAUUUGAAAAGACAACAUACUUCUCCAAUAUCACAUGGCCCUUUAACAUGAUAUGGAUGGAAGGCGAAGUAAAAAAGCAUCACCCAAGCUUUACGUGGGUUGAACAUGAAUUUUUAGACAAUCCUGAUCAACCAAGGCCUAAAAGUUGCAUGCUGCCGACAGAUUCUGACAACAGGAAGUUUUGUUCCUUGGCAGAACAUUGCGACAACUGUGACGCAAGAUGCAUUAUUCCGGCGGGAUCACAGGCUACUAGAGUCAGAGUCGUCUGCAACCCAGGCUACAGUCUGAGAGGAGCUGUUGGUGACGUGUACAGUGGAGGAGACGUCGCUACAUGUCUGUCAAGAGGCUCCUGGUACCCUCGCAUACCGGAGUGUAUAAAGUUGACUGGGAAGAAAUACAUUGCAGGCGAUCCACGGAGUUACAAUAAACAGGGCAAAUGGGACCACAAUAAUAUCACUUACAAGGUGGUAAAGUAUCCCUCUAAUUUUCCAAGGGAUGAGACUGACAAAGCAUUCAGAGAUGCGUUUAACGUCUGGGCAAGACACACACCCUUGACAUUUACUCGUGUAAGAAGGGGACCUGCCGACAUAGAAAUCAGGUUUCAAGGUCAGGGCCGAUAUGGAGCCAAUGGUGAAAUUGCAUUUGAAGGACCAGGUGGACUGUUGUCGGCGACCCACCCCCCAGCGAUGGGAGGCGAUAUGUAUUUUGAUGACGAUGAACAUUGGACAUCCAAUUCUCCUACAGGGGUUAACCUUUUCACAUCGGCAGCUCAUGAAAUUGGAGUCGCUCUGGGUCUCGAUCACUCAUCAGUCAAGGGAGCUGUCAUGUAUCCCGUAUUACAAGACUACCGACCAGAUUUGGACCUGCACAGGGACGAUAUCAGAAGCAUCCAGAGACUCUACCCGAGAAAAGAAGAAAAAAGAUAGGCUUUAGCUCAUUACCUACAAAAUACGAAGCGGCAGAAUUUUAUCAACACCAAUGUAUUAUUUUUUUAGCUAAUACCAAAUAAAUAAGUCAAUCAUGUUUGUUAAUUGCUUAUGGAUUUAUUUUCUCAAUAACCACAUCUCCAAAAUGUGAGUUGUAUAAAACCGAGCAAUAAAUGUACUGAAUUACGAAAUUAACUGCUACAUUUAGUCAAAUAACUAAUUUAUACACCAACAACUCAGACCUACUGUUAUAAAGUCAAAAGCAAUCCAAAA